AAAGCAUGAGCUUCACAGAACUGACCUAAAGCCAACCCAUUGUUUGUUGCUUGUGGAAUAUACUUAUUAAGAAGUCUGGAUGUUAUAAAUACAUAUGCUGAAGCUCAACAGAAGAGUUAAUAAGCUGCAGUAUUUGGAUACAAACAACAAAGGCAAGAUGCUUUUAGUCUUUUACACUAAAAAAUCAGGUAGAGCUGAAAUGUCCGCAAGAAGCUGCUUGGUGAUUUUUCUAUUUUAUUUUGAAGCUGCUUUCAUUUGCAUAAAUGGACAGCAGAUUUAUACUGCUGCAGUUUACGAACACAAUCCUUUUUUGAAUCUGGAUCCACAUACUAUCAUUGAUCGGCAGUCAGCACUAAAACUGAUGAAGAAGAAUCUGGACAUCUAUGAGGAACAAGUGAAAAUAGCUUCAAAACAGGGGGUUCAGAUCAUUGUCUUUCCAGAAGAUGGUCUCCAUGGUUUUAAAUAUACCAGAGAGUCAAUUUAUCCUUUCUUAGAGCCUGUUCCAGAUCCAACCAAAGUAAAAUGGAAUCCUUGUUUACAACCUUCUUUGCACAGUGGAAAUGAGGUUCUUAAACGUUUGAGUUGCAUAGCAAGAAAUGGAAACAUGUAUGUGGUGGCAAACAUGCCAACUAAACAAGACUGUAAUAAAACUGACCCUAAAUGCCCAGCUGAUGGAAGAUACCAAUAUAAUACUAAUGUGGCCUUCAGUGACAACGGUACUCUUGUUGCCCGAUACCACAAGCAAAACCUAUACAAGGAGAUGGAAUUCAAUACACCACCAGAAGUUGAACAUGUCAUUUUUGAAACCCCUUUUGCUGGAAAGUUUGGCAUGUUUAUAUGCUUUGAUUUACUCUUCUAUGAGCCUGCAGUAAGCCUAAUUGAGAAAUACAAUGUGUCACAGAUUGUAUUUCCAACCGCGUGGAUGAAUGCUUCUCCUUUUUUAUCAGGAGUCCAGUUUCAGCGUGGUUUUGCAUCUGCUUUCAGCAUUAACCUUUUAGCUGCUAAUUUACACAUUCCUCAGCAGAGAAUGACCAGUAGUGGGCUAUACACACCAGAUGAUUCAUUCUAUUAUUAUGAUGUAGAAAGCCAGGAAGGCAAAUUGACAGUAGCAGAGAUUCCUGUAAACCCGGUCAGCCACAACAAGAGUGUUGAUGCCUGUAAAACAAGUGAUCACUCGCAGUUCACUCCAUGCAAAAAAUUAUCCAGGUGUAAUGCUAAAAGAUCUGUAGAUAUUUCUCAGGUAGUAUUUCCAAUGAUUAAGGAAGACAGAAAUAAUCCACCCACUUUUCAUUCAAUUAUUCAUCAUGAUAACUUUGCUCUUAUUCCACUAAAAAAGCCUGCAGGAGAGCUUGAGGUCUGUAGCCAGUCACUUUGCUGUCAUGUGUCCUACCAUGGUAAAUUUUCUGAAAAUGAACUCUAUGCUCUAGGGGCUUAUGAUGGUUUCCAUAAAAGUAAUACUUAUUAUAUACAAGUGUGCACUCUGCUAAAAUGUGCUAAUGCUAGCUUUGCUUCUUGUGGGGCUCAUACUACAAUUGCCCACAGCACUAUAGACUUUGUUAUAUGGGGAAAUCAUAGUACACAGCAUGUGUUUCCUGAAAUACUCGGUUCUGAUGUGAUUCCUUUUCUUCCAGAUGGAAUGGGCUGGAAAAAUAAAAUAUAUACCAUGUGCAAAAGUGACAUGUCUUCUGGCUUGCUGUCUGCUAAUUUGUAUGGAAGAUGGUAUGAAAAAGACAAUUCAUUAUAAUUUAACCAACUCACUAUGAAUUAUGAUGCAAUAUAUAUAUAUAUAUAUAUAUAUAUAUAUAUAUAUAUAUAUAUAUAUAUAUAUAUAUAUGUAUAUAAAACUUUGAGACAAACAUCCUGCACCUUAAUGUUAUAAAUGUGGAAUUGGAAAGCAUUGUGGCUUAUAAAAAAUAAUAAGCAGUACAUAAUCAUAAGGCAAAGAGCUCUGUUAUCUCAGAUGACUAAAUCCUAGAAACAUUCAGAAGCACAUUCAUUCCUUUCUGCUUUGUUGAGAACUUUGAUUAAUCUGUAACCUUUUAUAUGCCUUGAUUAUUGAGGCAUAUUUAUUUGCCGUCAUGUAUAUGCUUGUUAAUAAACUCAUUCAGUAUAUGAUUUA